AUGUACAAACCACUUUUCUGUUUUUGAUUUCUUUGAAACAAGUUAUUUUUUUCAUUUCACUUCCCCAGUUUGGACUAUUUUGUGGAUGUCCAUUACAUGAAAUCCAAAUAAAAAUCCAUUUAAAUGACAGGUUGUAAAGCAACCAAAUAGGACAAAUUCCAAGGGGGUGAAUACUUUUGCAAGGUACUGUAUCAGACUCAAGUUACAAAUGCUAGUGAACACGCAAAUACAUUUAGUAAAAAAUAAAUCACAAAUCUAGUGCACUGGGCCUUUACUCGUCCUGUAUUAGAGGAUCAAGAAAGACAUCUGCAGCACAGCGCAGGACCCCCACCCCAAACUACUUCCCGGGGCGCAUGAACCUCAUUGCCUCUAGCAAGGAUGGACCUAAAAGAAAAGACAGCUGCCAUAUUGAAGCAAUAUGAAGUCGGGAGCAGAUUCUCGUACUUGCCGGUCUUGCCCAAAGCCUCGGUGUUGAUACCGCUGUUUGUGAGGGACGGAGAGGUCCACAUGCUGAUGACUCUACGCUCCCAAGAGGUGGGAAAGGGCCGUGUUGAGUGCAAUAGAGAUUGUGUCAUCUGUGGAUCUGAGUGGUCUAUCUCAUCCAAAUUGGGGCCUGCCGCUUCAGGAGGACACUCAUGUGCUAGCAAGGCAGACGUCCUGGGUUUGCACCAGCUGAGGACCAACGCAGGCGAGGUGUGUUUCCCAGGUGGGAAGAGGGACCCGAGGGACAGGGAUGACGUGGACACGGCUCUGAGAGAGGCAGAGGAGGAGAUAGGCCUUCCUCCUGACCAGGUGGAUGUGGUCUGCACACUGUUCCCCAUUAUGAACAAGAGUGGUCUGUUGGUGACUCCAGUGGUGGGGUUCAUUGAGGCCUCAUUCUCUCCUCGCCCAAACCCAGCCGAGGUCAGCGCUGUGUUCACUGUCCCUCUGGAGUUCUUCACUAGAGAGAUAGACCACUCAUCCUACAGCGCGACUGGAAUUGCUGGCUUGCUCCACAGUUUCCAGUUUCCGGACCCUAAAUCAGGCAGCCACUAUCAGAUAUGGGGCCUGACUGCCAUUUUGGCUAUACUGGUCUCUGUCCUAGCCCUCAGAAAAAAGCCUGAGUUUGAGACCGGUUUUGAUUCUGAUGACCCGGUAUCUUUCUUCCAACACAAUCUGAACAAGAGGAUCAGUAAACUAUGACAUAUCAAUGUUUUUAUUUUUUUUAACCAGAUAAUUAUAUAAUGCAAUGUAAUGAUGGAGAGAACAUAUUUUCCCUAAAAUGUUGUAACUGUAAAUGUGGAAUCAUGUGCAAUACCUACAUUCUUUACAAAAAAUGUAUUCUUACUUUGAAUGUAAUUUGUGAAUAUUGUAUAUUGAUGACAAUAAAAAAGUAUGCUAUUACA